UGAAGGAAAACAAACAUGGCCUCAGCUGUGGUUCAGUGAAGUGAAUAGUCAUGAAGCUUUAUUUAAUUAGUCUUUUUGGUGUCUACUGCCAUGUUUUCUAAUCCAUCAGCCGCUUCAGACUUCCUCAACUAUGAUUUUGAUAAGGAAGAGAAUGCUGCUAAGUGGAAAGGUGUAUUUUUGAACCCCCUGAGAAAGGUGUUAGAGCAGGUGCAUCCCUCCCUCACAGCUCGUGAGGAUGCGCUUGAGUAUGUCGAAAGUCUUAUUUUGCGGCUUCUUUGCACGCUGUGCGAGAAGCCCUCUCCUCACUCGGUCGUGGACGUAGAAACCAGGGUGAGACAGACUUUUCCAACCCCUAUUGACAAAUGGGCCCUGAACGAAGCCAAAGAGGCCCUGGAGAAGGGGAAGAAGAAAUCUCCUCAACUCGUGCUUCCAGUCGACAAAAUUCAUCACAUGCUACAAAAGGAGGUACUGAUGUACAAAAUAGAAUCCCAAGUCACACUUUACAUAGUAGCUGUUUUGGAAUACAUCGCUGCUGAUAUUCUCAAGUUGGCUGGUAACUAUGUAAAAAACAUCCGCCAUGUUGAAAUCAGCUGUCAAGACAUUCGAGUUGCCAUGUGUGCAGAUAAGGUAUUAAUGGAUAUGUUUCAUCAGGAUGACAAUAGCCCAGCCCUUCUAACUUCAGAAAGUUAUGAAACGCCAAGAUCAUCAACAUAUGAAGAAACGGUUAGAGAUUUAAUUCAAGAUGAGAAACAACAUCUAAGAGACUUACAUAUGAUCAUCAAAGUAUUCUGUGAAGAAAUCAACAAGCUCAUUCAACCUGGUGAAAACAAAGAAUUAGAUGCCAUGUUCGCAAACAUUAUGGACAUUUAUGAGUUAACUGUAAAUUUAUUGGGCCUGCUAGAAGACAUCGUCGAAAUCAGUGAAGAAAAACAGGUUCCUGCGAUUGGAAGUUGUUUCGAAGAACUCGCUGAGGCUGCUGAGUUCGAUGUCUAUAGCCGAUAUGCCAAGGAUUUAGUCGUUUUCCGAAACCAAGAAGUGCUCCUAAAAUUAAUCAAUAAGCCUGAGAUCUCACAUGCGCUGCAGUCAGCAGGUCAUGGUUUUCGCGAAGCAGUCAGAUAUUAUUUUCCAAAACUUCUACUUUUCCCUAUUUGGCACUGCUUCUUGUAUUUUGACUACAUCAAAACACUACAUAAGCUUACGCCUUUGAAUGAUGAUCGAGAAAGCUUAGAACAAGCUGAGGGGAUUCUGAAGCCUCUUCAAAUGGAGCUUCAAAAUAUUUCAACCAGUCUACCAAAAAGUGGGAGGGAAACCAGUAUUAGAAUGCACGGAAGGGUCCGACGGCAAACAGCAAUAGAAAAAACUAACGAAAUGCAGAAGAUGGUGUAUGGAUGGGAGACAAAUAAUGUAGGACAAUGUUGCAAUGAAUUUAUUAGAGAGGAUAUUCUAGGCAAACUUGGCUUUGGAGGUAGAAGACUGACCGAGAGAAAAGCUUACUUAUUUGACGGCCUGCUAGUCCUGUGCAAGCCAAACAACAAGCGGACCUCCGUCUCGGUGACAGCACCUCUGGGGGGUAGCAAUCAAGGCGAAUACAAGUUGAAGGAAAAGUUUUAUGUUAGGAAAAUAGAAAUUGUUGAUAGAGAAGAUUCUGAUGAAUUAAAAAAUGCAUUUGAUAUUGCUCCAAGAGCUCAACCAAAUGUGACCUUAGUUGCCAAGACCCUGGAAGACAAAAAUAAUUGGAUGGCAGACUUAAUUAUGCUUAAUACUAAAAGUAUGCUGGAACGUACACUUGAUAGUAUUCUGCUUGACGAAGAGAAGAAGCAUCCUCUGCGGUUACCCCCUGCAGAUUUGUACAGGUUUUCACAGCCGGACUCACCGGAUAAUAUUGUUCUUGAUGAGAAAGAGAAUGCAGGUGUUCCUCUAAUCAAGGGUGCUACUCUAAUAAAAUUAAUCGAAAGAUUAACCUAUCAUAUUUAUGCAGAUCCCAAGUUAGUUCGGACAUUCCUCACAACGUAUCGAUGUUUUUGCUCACCCCAAGAGCUCCUCACACUGUUGAUUGAACGGUUUAACAUUCCAGAACCUCCUCUAGAAGCUGAAGACGCGCAUGACUCAGAAAAACUGUUGAAAAACAUUCAGCGAGAGGAUCUCAAAAGAUUUCGCAAAGAAUAUUGCCAACCAAUACAGUUCCGAGUGCUCAACGUACUGAGGCAUUGGGUCGAUCAACACUUUUACGAUUUCGAAAGUGACGCGGAACUAUUGGCAAAGUUGCACGCAUUCCUUGAAACCGUGACGGGGAAGUCAAUGAGGAAGUGGGUGGAUUCUGUUCUGAAGAUAGUUCUGCGGAAGUGUGACCCGAAUGAAAUCCAGCGUGAAAUCACAUUUGCGUUCGACAAGUCACCUCCUCCUGUCGAGUGGCAUAUCAAAUGUCCCGAGGAAGAAUGGGAUAUUCUCACGCUUCAUCCGAUAGAAAUCGCUCGGCAACUAACACUGCUUGAGUUCGAUUUGUACAGGGCUGUGAAACCUUCAGAACUAGUCGGUAGUGUGUGGACCAAGCCGGACAAGGAAGUCAAAUCACCAAAUCUUUUAAAAUUGAUCAAACACACGACAAAUUUCACGAGGUGGUUAGAGAAGAAUAUCGUCGACACAGGGAACAACGAAGAGAGGGUUGCCGUAGUCAGUCGAAUUAUUGAAAUAAUGAUGGUUCUUCAAGAUCUCAAUAAUUUUAAUGGUGUUUUAGCUGUUAUCGCCGCUAUGGAUUCAGCUUCAGUUUUUAGGCUUAAAUUUACGUUCCAAUCAAUAGCCGCUAGGCUAGAUAAAGCUCUGGAAGAGGCUCGCGAUUUGGAUAAGAAUCACUUCCGGAAGUAUCAAGAAAAACUUCGCUCAAUUAACCCUCCUUGUGUUCCGUUUUUCGGUAUGUAUCUGACGAACAUCCUCCACAUCGAAGAGGGAAACGCAAGCUAUCUACCGAAUAAUCCAGAACUGAUCAACUUCAGCAAACGGAGGAAAGUUGCUGAAAUAACGGCCGAGAUCCAACAGUACCAGAAUCAGCCGUAUUGUCUGAGCGUCGAACCCAACAUAAAGCGUUACCUUGAAAACCUGAACCCGUUCGAUGACCAAUCAGAUGCUGAUAUUCGAGACUACCUGUAUCACAAGUCUCUGGAGAUUGAACCCCGCAAUCUCACACGACAGGAGUUCAAGGACAAAGGAGACAAAGCUCCCAGGCGUUGGCCGGAUCUGAAUCUGAAGUCACCAGGCAUCAAACCGAAAAAUCUGCCCGGAAGAAGUCAUCCGCCGAUACCGCUACCUUCGUUGACGCCGCAUCUGGUGUCAGGACCUCGCUCUGCGGGUGAAGGAGAGGAAACACCACGCACGCCUCUCACAACUCCGCCACCAGUUUCCUCGAUCCACAGUGCUGCCCAGUCUUCAUCCAACUUUAGUGUUUUUGCUUCCAUUCUCUUAGGCUCUUCAUCAUCAAAUUUAAGCUCAGGUCAACAGAGUCCAGGUGUGUCAUCAAACAACGGGAGCACCGGUCAGUUCUCGCCUUCGUCAGGGUCCGUGUCUCCAGGGGUGGCGCCACCGACGUUGCCUCCCUCUCUUCCACCGGCGACGACUCCUCCCCCAUUCUUGCCCCCUCCCCUACCUCCUCGCAGACGAAGAGAAUCCUCCAUAAGUGAAAUUAGUCAGACAGGAGUACCGAGCUUGCCUCCUCGAGAUACGUCACCCCCGCCACUACCUCCCAGGAGGGAUAUCAGUGCUGCCACGUUACCACGACCAACCCCAAUGCAUUCUCGUCGGAAUUCAACUGACGUUCCCCUGUCAGGAAGGAGGAGCACGGCUCCCCUUCCUUCGCCUAGUCACCUUUCAACUGGUUCUCUUAGUAGAUCUCUUACUUCAAAUACAGGUGCCAGUCACCGUUCUAGUUCAGUAUCUGAUCAAGUUAGUUUUAUGUCUAAUGGGCCUCAUGACCCGGUCCGGUUUAACACGUUACCUUCAAAUCAUUCCACUGAUAUUCCUGGAGACCCUCUAUCAACGAGACUGCUGGGUCGGCCGGAGGCCACACCCUGUUUACCGCCUAGGUCGUUCUCCAUGUCACGGACCAGUGCGCCCGUAUUCCAGUUCAACGCACCCGGAAGUGGAGGAGCUGCCUCGUAAUAUUUAUCAGUCUUCAUUCCUAAAGAGGUGAUCCUAAUCGUAAGCCAUUCAUCGCAGUCCUGCAAGCUGUAUCAUCGAUUUUAUGUAGGAUUCGUCUUUUCGUUCCCAUCGCUCGAUCGACCACUUUUAUAAAUGUGCUUAUUUUAUUGUUUUCAAUUUUUUACGGUUUUUAAUCAAAAUGUGGAAGCGGGAAGGAAAGGAUUCGAAACGAACGAAAAUGUUUCAAGGAGUUUCUCGAAUUUUAACCUCUCUAGAUUUCAGACGACUGAAAAAUUCUGAACGAAUUUUUGAAAUGGAGAGGGGAGUUAUUUCAAUUCUUUGUUUGUGCCAUUACAUUUUAACAGAUGUAGCAAUGAUGUUGCAUCAAAACUUUUCUUUGAUACAGAAAACAGUUAGCUUACCUCUGUUCUUAAUUUUUCUUAUUUGUGGCACUCUGUUUGUAAGACAGGCACUCUGUCUGUUUGGCAUACAGGCUUGAGCAAGACUUGGAGUCUGAUAGAGGUAAAUUGUUGAGGAGCUCCUUAUUUUUGCGUUUUUUGUUAAUUAGUCCUAAUAGGAAGACUUUAGAAAGCAUAUUUUUGCCAGUGCUGUCAAAAAAUAGUCUCAGACUCUAAUGAAAUUACCUAAUCAAGUAACUUUUAAGAAUCUUAAUGGGACUAUAUUUUGCAAUUAGGAACUACUAUUUCUAGCGCAUCCAUUAAAGGAUGCAUAUAUAUAGGGAAACUAAAGGCACAUACGUUGUUUCUACAGUGAGCCAGAAAUAGUUGUUCCCUGUUGCAAAAUAUAGUUCAAUUAUCAUAGGCUUGCAAAUGUUUACCGACCCUCCUUUUGACUCCUUCGCUGUACAGAAAUCUCUGAACCCCAGCAAAACCUACCCUUUAUUAUCCUCCGAGUCCUCAUCGCUGCAGGUUUUCAGCUAGUGGGACUUUAGCCUCAUACCAACAAUCCCUCCUCGUUUUUGAGAAAUCAUCUUAAAACAAAGGCGCCCUGAAUCAAUGCGUAAAUUAUUGAACAGAGGGAAAGCAACUCCUCGCUUUUAUCUAUCAUUAGCUGAGAAUUAAUCCAGCAUAUUUUCUACAAGAUUUGAUGAAAGCCUCUAUCAUUUAAUGGUAUCUGUUCAUUUUGCCAUGGUUCGAUAGAAAGCAGGAUAUGAUAGCAAGCAAAAUUUAGGAAAUAAAAUUGUAGAUUUCUCGUGUGGCUCCAAUUGCUCCUCUCUAUAGGGUGAUCCUAAAGUCCCGUACACCAGUACCAGGCAUCACCGGUGUAACUUCUGAGCAAAUUGAGGUAGAGACUUGAAAUAUUGUGAGUGCUUCUAGGUCAAAUAAAACGACUUUUGGGAACCCCUAGAACUUUAAAGGGACCGCUCUCAAAAAGGGGCAAGAACCCUCGGGGUUAAGGGUGUGGUAGUGGACUUUCGGAUCACCGUGUAUGGUAUGCAACUAAACUAACAUCUCAUUUGCAUGUAAUGACUCCUAAGUGUAAUUUUUCCAAUGUCAUCAUCAAGUUGUAAUGUUUCUCAGUGAAAGCCAUGAUUUUCCAUUCAGCCGAAGUUUCUUAGAUAUUAUUUUUGUGGCCUAACCCAUAAAAAAUCAAUUUUUAAUAAUAGAAUAGCCAUUUUACACAUUCAAAUCGUUGCUACGCCCAUUAUCAACUGUGCAAGAAAUGAAGAAUAGCCGUAAGAAUCAUUGUUAAGAUCAUUCUCAUGUUGUCAGUUUUUCGAUGAAAUUCUCAUUUUUUCGUUUUAUUUUGCUGUCAAUGGCAGAAGCAGCAAGUUUAAUAACAGUUCAGCUUAGAUCCAAAGAAUGAGGCAAGUAGAGAACUAAAAGAGAAAAACCCAUACCGAAAAAGCGUUGAUUUCAUAAAAAAUUCCUUUCAAUUUUUAAAGCAUGAUCAAUAAAGAAUUAUUUUCUCGUUCUUUCUUUUGUACAAGAGUCUUUCCUGUCUAUGAAGUUGAAGCGCUUUCUAGUUUUGAUUUUUUAAUAUUUAUUUCUAUGUUUUCUGAUUCCUCUACUUUCACUCUUAAAAAGUUUGGUUUGUCUUGCUCAGCGUGAAGUGAUGGUCAAGCAUCGUUAUGUUGCUUCUGCUACAAAUAAUGUUUCUCUCAAUAGCACAAGGGUUGUAAUACAUCAUAAUGGCAGAUUUAGACAAAGUGAAAUUUUGGAGAAUGAAUUAUUCCAGUUGUCGACAAAUUUAGGUCCAGAGUUUCAAGCCUAAACUCUUCGAGAGCUUGUUAAUUUGUUUCUUUGAUUUGCUGCAUUGCAUGAUUUCCUAUCAUUUAGCUGUCUCAAACUGUGUCAAUUUUAUGUCACAGAUAAUAAUAUUAAUCACAAACUGUCGAUCAGUUUGAUUUUAUCAUGCGCCCUGCAAAUAUUCUGAUGCCCUGGAAAUUGAAUGCAUUCUGAGUUUGUUGGCCCAAUUUCCUUUGAUAGACAUUUUUUAAAGAUUCCCUCUCUAGUAAUCUCUUUAGAAACGUUUUUUCCAUUGUCCAUGAACUCGAGUUUUUUCUGUUUAAAAUUUCUUGACGAAAUUUCAGGAGGUCACAGCUAGUCAAAUUAAUCCAAAUUUUCCACGAAAAAGAAUUGAUGAAUAAUUAUUUUAUUACAAACCCCAGUUUGGUCUGUAUUUGAGUUAAUUUUAAUUGAACUAGCGUUCUUAAAACUAGCAUCAGAUAGCAGUUUACUUUUGACUGUCACAAGCAGUAGAUCGAUCAACAUUUCUGUGCUUGGCGGCAGCAUCGCCUGCAGUCAAUCCCCAAUGCCUACUGGACAGCUGCAGAGCAAUCACUUACAAACGAAAAGCAAACAACUGCCCACUCAUCCAACGCAAGUUUUUUGCUGUUUUCUAGUGCUAAAAUUUCUAGGGUCUAGGAAUGUGCGAAAUCAAUUUUUUCUAUCAAGAAAUCGAAAUUUUUAUCCUUCGAAAUUAAUGAUUGAAUCCUUUCUUUCAAUGAUUUUUAUAGCUGUGAUGCAAUGUAGAUUUAACCUCUUAGUGGUCAUUGAUGAUCAUCUGCACUAAAUUGAAUACUUAACUUCAUUCAAAAUGUUGUCUUUCAAAAUUCUUUGUGGAUUUGAGGUGAAGUUCUUUCCUGUUGAAAGCCAAAUUUUCUCAAAUCCACGCAAAGUCGGCCAACUAACCUUCAUUUUAGGUUAAGAAAAACUUUCAGUAGAACAUACUAAAGAAAACCUUACCUCGUCAUAUUUACUGUAAAUCUCAUAAAUUCAAUUAUCUUCAGUUUUUUCAAGUUACUUUAAAUGACCUAAAUUUUUCUAUAAGGAGCUAUUAUUUCCAGCUCAUCUGUGAAAGCUUCUAUCUGCUUAAGGAAACUAAUGUCACUUGCCCCAUUUCUAAAAUGAGCUGAAAACAAUAUUUUGAAGGCCAACGUGUAAAACCUUGUAUCUCCAUCUUCAAAAUUUCUGCUCCUAUUUUAUUUUUUAAAAGGAAAAAAGCCAAGCUUGUAUAACUUUAUAGCUUGAAAUCAAUACAGAAUGUUCUGUAAAUAGAGAAGGAAAAUCAUGGAAGUUUUCAGAUAAUUACGUUGACAAGUUUUUCAAAGAAAAAAUUAGGUAUGACAGGAAGUCUACAACAUGGCAAAUGGAGGUAUGGGAUUUUGCACCUUGACCGUCCAUUUCCUUGUUACAAAGUGUUGUCCAAAGGGAGUUAAUAACAGUGCAGAACUUUCUCUCUGAACUGGACCGAUGAAAGCAGAUUCAUCAACAAUUAGUAGAGUGAAUGGUACGUUAUUUAGAAGUCGAUACAAAUAAAAGUAUUGUAGAUCAAUCGGUGAAGUAUCGGUGGUAUCGUCUGGUUUAAUUUAUUAAGUAUAAUUUUUUCUGUAAGCGCUUUCUCAUAGAAGUCCUCACAGUAAUCCAAAUUAUUUAUCAUUUUAUUGUGACUUUAGGUAAGAAGAUAAAUUCAGUCUCAACAAUAAAUUUAUGUUGAAGGACAAAUUCAAAAGUAGGUUAGACGUGAAUAAAUCUCUUUUCAGUGCUCUGCAUAAUGAACACUAAUCGAACAACAACUGUUGCUUCAGGAUACCACUCAUUCUUUGUUCGUUUACUCUCAAGUAUCAAAGGUUUUACUUCAUAAUUUCUUGCAAAUUUUGUCUGCCUUUCCAAGCUAUGAAAAUUCUAGCACAACUAUUUUCACGAUCAUUACUUUUUUCCUUUUCUUUUAAUUUUCUAUUUUGCCAGCAACAAUAGUAGUGAAAUUCCACCCCUUUCCUGGUUUGGGUAUCACAGAGAUUUAUUUCUUUGAGUCAUAACGACUGCUCCAUUACAUUAUUCCACAUUAAACACCCUGUAAACUGCUAAUCCCUGCUAAAAAUUAGGGCUGUGCCAUUUGUUCGGUGCUGACUUUCAUCAACUUCUUUGUGUGCGAACUUGAUCUUUAGGCAUUUCUAUGAAUAGUAUCUGAAGUGCAGAUAAGGUUAGCUGCUUUAACUUUCAAGGAAGAAAAAAGAGGUCUCCAAAAGACAAUGUCUUUUGUACUGGAAGUAUUAUUCUCUCGCGUUUGUACUGUAUCAGACUCAAAGCAGCGAUCACAGCAAAUUAAAAUGAUAAUUUUAAUCGUUCUUGUAAUGCUCCCUUAUUGACCUAAAUUGUCUGGAUGAAACCAAAUGAACAGAUUGGAAAAGCGAAGGAAAAUCAUUCAAAGAUAUCAAUUGGUGAAUCUUCAGUUUCUCAGUGUGCCUUAUCUUUAGUUCGUCGUUGAAUAAUAAUUGAAAUUUAAAUGUUGUUAAAUGUUAGUGACGAUGUAGGUCAUAUAUUAUUUACAAUAUUUUACCUAUUAUUAGCUGUACAAAUUUUUACGUUGUUGAUAUUAUUUCCAAUUUUUAUUUUUGUUUCAAAAUUUAUUUGGUAGAAAAUUUGUUGUUUGUCUUACUGCUGGAGUUUUACAUAAAAAUUGUUGGACCAAUUUUCUUGUAAUAAAUCGAUGGUUAUGUUAAUAUGGAUUUAUUUUUAUUGAUGUUUUCUGUGCUAUCUUUUUCCAUCAACCAAGAGAAGUGUCUAAUUUUUUUAGGGAAACAGUUGUACCAUGGUUUUCCUCGGAUUCAUGAAUACUUAUUCAAUUCAAUAAAAAACGGCUAUGUAUAUUUUUGUUUAUCCAAUACAUAAGUAUGCAUAUAUUUUUGUACUCCGUACUUUUCUUAUCCUUUAUGAUUGUGUAGAAAAGCAAUCUUGCAGUGUAUUUACCAAUCUGAUGUUGAAAAGUCCAUUAUUGAUGUUAUUUUAUAUUUAAUACGUAAUUAUACAGCGUUGUUUCCUUGUAUAUACUUAUACAUUUUAAUGUAGUUGACAAUCUGAUGUAAAUAAUUCAAGCCUCCCUACAUAGUAUAAAUAAAUGUUUGAAAAAUGUUA